CGGUGGCGGCGGCAGCUAGGAUACGGCAAGGGUCGCACGCACACUAGCUGGCAAGUCCGGUGGCGCGCGUCGUCUGCAACACGGAGCAACGGGCGGACCGCGUCGCGUCGCACGUCGGCGGCAGGGCAGCGGACGAUAAACAGAUCAGCGUCUCCAGGUGCGAGCCGCAUAUCAACAGGUCUCCCUCGCCCCGUCUCGCGCGAAGUUUGACCGCCUCCGGAACUAGAGGAAUCUACGUGGUGCCUGUCUUCGCCUGCUGGAGAAAAACCUGUUAAUCCAGACUGUGAGGGCCCUUCAGACGACGAGAACCUCUGAUUCACUUCGCCCAGGGACCGAGACACAGGGCGAGCUCUCCUCCUGGUGGUUGCCUGCUGUGAUGACGCACUGACUUUGCCGGCGCCGUAGACUAUCUGCAGCGACUGAGCUGCUACUGUCGCUUAGACUGGCCGUCGUCGCGGUGCCUCUGGUGGGGGAGAUGUGUGGAGCGGCGCCGGCGCGGUGCGGCCGCCUGCUGCUCGUGGCGCUGCUGCUGCUGGCGGCGUCGACGUGUGCGUCAGCGCGGCGCAAGUCCGGCGGCGGGCACCGACACGCCGCCCCCAGGACCACCACGCCCGCGCCGGAGGUCGACAUCUGCGACAUCCAGGAGCCCGGGUCGCCGGUGUUCUGCUACUGCAAGAGCGGCGAGACCGGGCAGGUGGCGUCCGCCACGUGCCUGGUGUUCUCGACGCCUCCAGAUGAUGAGGCGGCGUGGUCAGCGUUCCAGUCGCAGCCCGGCAUCCGCACGCUCAGUCUCAACGUCCGCGGUGACGGAAAGCUCACCAGGAUGCCAACCAGGUUGUUCGCGAAUCUGCCACAGCUGGAGGUGCUGUCGCUCCAGUACGCCAGCAUCAACCGUGUGACGCCGUACGCGCUGGCCAACAGUUCCAGCCUCAGGGAGGCGUCGCUGUCCAGGAACCAGUUCGUCAAGUUGGCGCCGCGAGCCUUCCACUCCCUCCCUAGGCUGGAAUCACUGUAUCUCAGCGAGAACCGCAUCCAGGAGCUCCACCGCGACGUGUUCGUGGACCUGCCGUCACUGCGGGUGCUGGCGCUGGACCGCAACAACCUGAGCGUGCUGCACGAGCGCGCGUUCUCGCAGCUGCCGGCGCUGCAGGAGCUGGACCUGCACGGCAACCAGCUGCCGGCGGUGACGCGCGCCACCUGGGCCGGGCUGGGCGCGCUGCGGCGGCUCGACCUCAGCGGCAACCGGCUGGGCGCCGUCGCCGACGGCACCUUCCAGCUGCUGGGCGCGCUGCACGAGCUCGAGCUCGCCGAGAACGACGUCGAGUGGGUGGGCGCGCGCGCCUUCCAGGGGCUGCGCGCGCUGCGCCGGCUCUCGCUGCGCGACAACCAGCUGGCGCAGCUGCCGGGCAACCAGCUGCUGGCCAGCGCGGCCGCGCUGCGCGUGCUCGACCUGCGCGACAACGAGCUCACCACGCUGCACGAGGACACCGUCCGGCCCGUGCUCGAGACCAUGACCAACGCCAGCGCCUACCUCUACCUCGAAGGUAACAACCUGCAGUGCGACUGCCGGCUGUCCUGGAUGUACACGCUGCGUAACCAGACGGAGAGCAAGCAGGUGCGGAACUCUCUGGAGGAGCUGACGUGCGUGCUGCAGGAGGACGUCAAGGGGCCUGCAGAGGGCGGCGAAGACGACGACGACGUCGACGACGGAGACGACGACGGCGAGGAGGGCGAGGGCGGCCGCGGACGGAUGGCCAACGAUGUGGGAAGGUUCGGCAGCGUUCAAGGACAGCAGCAGCACCUGCGCCACGGCGCCGAACACCGGCGACACCCGCAGCCCCUGCCGGCCCAGGAGCUCCCGCUGGACUACGUGGCGGAGGACGUAGCGGCCGACAUGGAGGACGGCGUGGCCAACAACCACAGCGCCCCGGUGCUCCGCCACCUGCUGCAGAUACCCGUGGAACGCCUGCCCUGUCCGGAGGCCGUGUCCAGGCACCACAGCGGGGACCACGUCGCGGGGGCCGAGCUGUCGGCUGACAUGUCGCAGCGGCAGCGCCUGCCCGGGGGCGAGCUGGCGCCGGGGGCGGAGGACGCCGCAGACGGGCCCUCUGCCGGGGGGCGGCCGACCGCGGGGGCGGCAGCGGCCCUCCUCUUCCCCGCCCUGGUGCUCGCCGCUUCGCUGCCCGUCGCGUGAUCUGCAGCAGCCCCUCACCCGCUGCACUGAGUCCGCCGCGCUCCGCACGGGAUCCUCCAGUGACACGGACUGGCGGCAAACGGACAGUCCCACGACAGGACAGUCAGAGGUUUCCCCGGGGGCACGUCUUGUAUUUAUACUUGCACUCGGCAGGUGCUACGAUGAAUCGAUACAAAAAUCUCUCUAUACUGUAUUUCUUAGACGCAGCCUUCUCCGAGAUCGCCGUUUGCUCGGAAGCGACUGAAGCAUUUCUUCAAUUGAACGCUCCUCACCUCUUCUCUGUAUAGACGUUUUAAAACCCAUAAAUGUGGCCGAUAACUGUGCCACAAAUAGAAUAAUAUAACACAUACAAUUUGAUCGACUCCAUCAUUACAAACGGAACCUGUAUACAACAAUUAUAUUAAAAUACAGUAUUGCUGACAAGAUACAGGUAUCACUGAAGUAUUCAGUACGUGUCGUUAUGGAAAUUACGUUACACACGAUGAUGUUUAGUCUACGAUGGACAUGAUGCAGACAUUUAUCAAUAAUUUCUGAUGAGCAAGUGAAAUAUUUCUGAAGCUGUCCUCUUGUUUUUCUUGUUAAAAUAUGUUUUUCUUUGCUUUGCCUAGGUAUAGUUAACAGAAAUGGAAAAACUGAGGAACAUAUUAGACUUAAUCUGGUCAAGUACACACAAGCACAGCGCUUGUUUUCAAGAUCGCAUAAUGAAAUACAAUACUGCCACCAAUACUAUUUACAGUCCAGAAGCUUCAAUGAAGCAUUCAAUAUUUGUCCAGCAAGGGUAUUAAAUCCUGCAUCACGAUGAUUCGUCUACAGUCGACUGCGUGGUGUUACAAACACACAGUAAGUAUUUAGAAGGAAGUGCAUAUUUUAUUAAGUUCCUUACAUUUGGUUGACAGCAGUGUCAAGGGCAGAACUCUAUAUAACAGCAACACUUGAUUAACCACACCUGUACAGCACAAUACAAUGAAAUACAAUACUGCUAUCAAUACUGUUGGCAGGAGACAAUUAUCUCUGAUGCAUCAAAUUCUGGUCCAAUAAUAUAAUUAAAUUACACGCCGAGAUUUAUUCUCUGCAGUCGAUAUCAUGGAGAAAUUUGUCGAUAAACAAUACAUUUUCGAAAGCAUGUGUAAUAUUUCUUAAAUUCCCCUUUCCUCUAAAAAAAAAAAGGUAUUUCAUUUCACUGUAGUUAGCAACGGUCAGCAGUAAUGGAAAGAACUAAAUAGUAUACUAGACAAAAUUUGAUCAACAUGUAUGAACAUUGCAUGGAACGCCAUACUUUCGAUAUACCCAUUACAAUGAUAAAAUUCCAACAGAUCUUAAGAUCCAAUAUUUAUUCAAUACAGUCACUUAGUUACACCCUGAAAUGUUUUGUCUUCAGCCUACAGGACCCAAGUGUUUGUAGACAAACACUAAACAUUACACUGUAAAUCAGCAUAAAUGCAGAGCAUGAGCUUGAUGUUUGAUAUUAUUUGUAAUUUAACCAUAAUCUCUACCAGUCUGAAAUAUUAAAUGAUUAAAAACCUUUUUUAGCGAGCAUUUUCCAAUCGAAAUAAUUUCAGGUGUUAAUGUAAUAACGAUUCGAAAGUUAAAAGAAACAUUAUCAAUUUUAAAUUUUAGUGUGAAUACAUCUUUACAAGUGUUUAUCACUGACUUGCAUACCGUACCAGACAAUUUAGAUGCAUGCCUGUAACCAAAUAUUAUCAUAUGGCAACAAUGAAGCCGCUGGUAGCAGUCGUGUGGUGAAAAGAGAUGAUACUGUACAAUAAAUUCAAAUAACUGAAACUGAUAUAAGCGUUCAGACUGUUGACCUGAACAUGAGGAAAUCAAAUCAAUUAAACUGCAGUGAUCAUACCACUGUAUUUAUGUAUACUGAAUAUAAAAUAUUUAUCACAUAGUAUUCCUGUGGUUUCUAGAUAACUGUCUUUUUAUGUUAUCUUGGAUCACAAAGUUCUCAAUCUCUUUUUUUAUUACUUAUGAGAGAGAUCACAGCAAAAUGGUCUUCAUCUAAAUAAAACUAUUGUCUGUACCUUUCGUUUGGCUGAGUAACCAUUACACACUACAAUUUCUCUCCACUUCUUUGUAUUAACAGGAUUCAUAGCUACACCACUAUCUCUUGGCAAGUAUGCUAUCCAUCCAUAAAGCUGGAGGCUUGCUUUCAGUUGAAUCCUUGAUUUCUUCCAAGAAGAAGGACUACAGAACAAACGAAUUUACCGAAAAUUCUAUUCAUCGAAUCAAACACAUGGAGAAGAGACAUGCGAGUUUAAUGUAGUGUUGGAAAUAAGUUCAUUUCAGACCCUAGAAGUUACUGUCCCUCUCCUACAGGAUGACAUGUUAAAACUAGUUUUGUGUCUACCAUUCCUGUUCUCCACUAAACACUGAAAUUUUACUGUAGUGAAAUCCUGUGGACAGAACAACAGGGACUGAUGACCUUCGCCGUUUAGUCCCCCUUAAACAUCCCAACAACCACCACCACCACCAGAACAACAAGUUUAUUACUUUUUCUCCAACAUCAGCACAUUCAUGAUACUAGUAACAAAUUACAAAUACAGUAGAAUAUGUUAAUGAAAUUUAAGAUUUUAGAAAUUCUAUCCAUGAAGAGAAUCUACUUCACUAAUUUGUAUCAUACCACGUCCACUGUUCCUAAAGACUUUUCUUGUUUCAAAAUAUCAAUGCGAGUUCUUCAAUCAUUUAGAUAAUAACAGAAGACCAAACUACAUUCACGCUCUCUAAAAAGAUCAGCUGCAAAGAACUCUACAUUGGCGUAAUAGUUUUCAAAUUCACAGAGUAAAAGUUUAUGUUGACUUUAAAGUGUGAAAAAAUGGGAAUUGCCCUCGCUUAAAAUACGUCAUUUUUCUUCUGUGCCAUAUUUUUCAAACUGCUUUGAUUAGACGCUGUAGAAAAGCACCGCUGUUUCAAAACGCAUCCAGCCCUGCAUAAUCCAUUAGAAGAUUAAAAUAAUAUGGAAUUAAUUGGUGACUACAGUAAGUUCUUGUAGAAUAAUAUAUCACCUGACGAAACUUGAUUAACAUCAAAUUAAACAGGAAAUGACUACAUAUUUUUUUACCAAUCAGAUACCUACACUAGAAAAUUUCGUGGAAGUAACUUGGAAUAUGAGAAUGUUUAAAUAUAAUACUCAUAUUAUGCUUGUAAAUCUAUGAUGUUAUUUGAUAAACUAAGGGCUUUGGCUCAGUUUCAUUAAAUAAUUUCAUAUAAUUUCUUCUUUUCAUCCAGGUACAUUGAUGAAUCAUCUUACUGAGUUACAUAAUUUAUAUUUAUUAUUGUCUAUUUAAACCAGCAGAUUCAGAGCCUUGAGAGCUUUCCUGUUAAUUAUGAGAUUUCCUGAAAAAGAUGCUAAAGAUUGACAUAGUUACAUAUACUUUAAUUUGCUUUGUUUCAUUAAAUUUAAAUAAUUUAUAGCUCCCGUAUUAAUUUAAAUUUAGAACAGAGGUUCCUUUUUAAACGCUUCAACUGUCCAUUGCAUAAAGGGCCUCAGAAGGACUUUGGAACUUAAACACUUACUCAAACAUAGUAAAGGUUAAAAGAAAGCAGUGAAAUUACCUCUGUAGUCUGGACUGCAUUCAUGGAGCUUUUACAAACAUUGAUGACACUACAUACAACACCAAAACAAUAAAUACUGAUGCUUUGAAUAUAACUCAGUACAGCAAACAAAAAUGUUUGGACCAUACAGCGUAACUAAGAUUGGAGACACAAUUUUUACUUGUGACUAUCAUAAUAUGUUAUGUUACUGGACUUUCUGAAAUUCUUCCAUAUCUUUUGCUUUUGUAGUUCAGCAAGAAAUAAACUUUGUAGCUUGGUCAUUGUUGUAACUAUUGAGAAUGAGGCAGUUGUGGUACCCGAUGUACAGUAUUCCAAGGAUUACCAAAUUUUGGUUUUUUCCUCCAUUAUCUACACACAUGAGUCACAUAUCUUACUAAAGGUAAAAAGAAGCAUUCAAGCAUUCAAGAGAGAAUCCAGAA